UCACUUCCUUGUCUGUCUGACUGAUUCUCUCUGCCUGCCUCUACUCAGACUGACGAUGGCUGAAGCCCAGCUGUUUGUAUCUCAGGACGAGUUCAUCUGCUCGAUGUGUCUGGACACCCUGACUGACCCCGUCACCAUCCCCUGUGGACAUAAUUUCUGUCUGAAGUGCAUCACAAACUACUGGGAUCACAGCCAAGAGUGCAGAUGUCCUCAGUGCAGAGAAAAGUUCAACACGAGGCCUGCUUUGCAAAGAAAUAAUCUGCUGAAUGAAGUCAUUAAGAAAUUAAAGAAGACGACUCUCAGUCCUCCUCCUCCUCAGAAUUAUUCCAGCCCUGGAGACAUGGAGUGUGACUUCUGUACUGGUAAGAAGUUCAGAGCGUUGAAGUCCUGUCUCACUUGCAUGGCCUCCUACUGUCAGACUCACCUGCAGCCUCACUAUGACGGAGACGCCCUGAAGCACCACAAGCUGGUUGAUCCUGAUAGAAAUCUGAAGGAGAAACUCUGUGAGAAACAUCAGAAAACUCUGGAGAUAUUCUGUAAAACUGAUGAUUCCUGUAUCUGCAUGAUGUGUGUGGUGACUGGACAUAACGGUCAUAAAAUGGUCGAGCUGGAGACAGAAAGAGAAGAAAAGGAGCCUUGGUCCUGACCCCUGACUGAUAAUCGAGGUUUUACUGGAUCUUAUAAACCUGAUGUUUCAAGUUCAGGGCAUUGGCUGCUGGACUCCAUCCUCGUCAGACUGGUGCAAGUCAUGAAGCAGCUCAGGAUGAGAUCCUCAAGAUGGCCCACAAACAAAUGAGUU